GAGGCAUUGUUGUCAUAUUUUCUACGAAGCUCCUAUGCAUUCUAAUUAUUUGUUAUUAUUUAGCAAUGUUAUCGGUCCAAGAGUUGUAGAAAAUUGUUCCAGAGGGUAAGGAUAAUGUAUUUAAGAAUGAAUGAACUUCAAUGAAUGGAGUUUUGCCCAGACAGAAAGUAACUUAUGAAAUGGAUGACUCUGGGCGAUCACAAGAACUCCUUGAGAGUGUGGAAAUAGUAACUCAAAUGCGAACAGAUGUAGUGAAAUUAAACCCAACUAAUACAGGGAAAGGUGAUGAGGAUGGAGAGCCACCCCCUGAACUAAUAAAUGCUCAAUAUAUCAAUAUACAUCGUGUGCCAGAAACUCUGAGCAAGGGACUGGUGGACUCAGGAUCAUCAGCCUCUCAGGCUUUGAUGAGUGGUGAACUGAUGCAACACCAUGUUGUGCAUGGCAGCAUGGUUGUUGACAUGAUGGUUCCUCCACCACCGCCACCUCCAGAUUUCUCUGACCACAGCCCCUUGGAUCGUACCACACUUCCACAGUACAUACCUGAACAUUAUGAUGCAGAUGAUGAUCUCCUGACUCAUGAUUUAACAGAGGAAGAUCGACGGUUGGCAGCAGCAUUAGUUGCUGUUCAACUGGUUCAGCAACAAAAGCAGCAACAUCAUCACUCAGUAGUUACUUCAGAGCCAAAUGUAAUUGUUAGUCCAGGGGUGUUACCAGGUCUCAUAACCACCACUGGCCACCUUGGAGCCAAAGUCCAGGUACCUGUGUCUAUAGGAGAUCAUCAUCAUAUGACAACCAUGACACCCAUGUCACCAGUCACAGGAGUGCCAGUGGACAAGCCAGCAAUGGCUGCUAUGGUGUCUAGUUACAUACAAGCUGUGGAAGAAGAAGCAGCCGCUGCAGCGAAUAGUGCACAACAGCAACUUUUGGACCAUCAUCAGGGAGACGGAAUCAUGAAGAUGUAUCAGCCUCAAAACCAACACCAAGAAAUGAGGUUACCUCCAUUGCCCCCUCUUAAGAAAGUGCUUUCAAGUCAAUCCAUGGCUGUCAGGAGUCGCUAUGUCCGGCCUCAUCUUCAGGAUCUGUCACAACAGCAGGAGGUGAUUCAACAAGGAACAGAUCUGGGAAAUCGGUUGCAGCCGUCUCAGCAAGAGCAACAACAACCCGUGUUAAUAGAUCAGGUGUCUGGAACUGCUGCUGAAGAUGAUGAUGGUCUGAAAGAAGAGUAUGAUGUGAAAAGUGAAGGUUUGGAAGAUUAUUUAGGUGAUGACAGUGAUGAACCUUUUCAAGAUGAUAAUGAUUCUGACUAUGAUGUUGAAAGUGAUUUAAGACCAUCUAGAAAAAGUCUCCCACAUAAAAAACGCAUUCCACGUAAGCUGAAAAAUCUAAAGAAGUCGGCCUCACCUUCCAGAAGUAUUCACACCAAAUGUUAUAAAUGUAUCAAAUGUGGGGAACAGUUUGGCAGCCAGUCUGCAUAUACUACACACCGUCUCACUCACAGCACCAAUAAGAAAAUGUUCAGUUGUGAACUCUGUGGAAAAUCUUUUGGCAACCAGCUUAAAUUCUUUGAGCAUCUGAAAUCUCAUUAUGAGCCCACAGUAUCUACUGGAAUUGCACAACCUAGUCCAAUAGCAAUCUCCAGUAACAAUAAAGAAAAAAGUGCACCCAUGAAAGAAGAAUCAGAGGUGAAGGAAGAGAGGGAAAACAAACAACCUGCAGCAGCUCCAACUGUAGGAGCAAUUCCACCUCCCCUUACUUGUAACCAAUGUGGCAAAACUUUCCGACGUCAAAAGGCCUUUGAAACUCAUGUAAAUCUAGCUCAUCCAAAACAAGAGGAGAUUGAAGAGUUUAGCGAACCUGAGGAUCUAAUGGAAGGCAUCAGAGGAGUUGUUGAUGUUGGGGGUGUGGAUACAGGUGAUGAGGCAGAUAUGGAGUACAUCCCAUCACCACCUGUUGUCAGGGGUUUGAAGAAUAACAAUGACAAGGAAUGGUAUCGUGAAGAAGAUUUACAUGCUGCAGAAGCUGAUCUUCAAGAAAUAGAAGAGCAACAGCAUCAACAGCAACAACACCAGCAUCACCAUCACCAUCACCCUCAUCUCCAUCACCAGCAUCUGGAUGAACCUGACAACAUAUGUGAGUUAUGUGGGGAUGUGUAUGAGACCAAAGCACAGUUGGAACAGCAUGUUCGAACAGAUCACUUAGAAUUUACACCAGAUCCAGGAGGUAGGGAUGAAAUGUUAUUAUCCCCAAAGAGACGAUUACCUGGGAAAAGAACCCGGAGAGCAGGACUUCAUCUUACAUGUCCUCAGUGUGGUCGAAUGUUUAAUCACCGUAACUCCCUUGUUUAUCAUCUUCGAAGUCAUUCAGGUGAACGUCCCCACCAAUGUGAAGUUUGUGGAAAGAGUUUUUUUGCAGCAAGUGCAUUGAAGGUACAUAUGCGUCUGCAUUCUGGUGAUAAACCUUAUAAAUGUGAGUUCUGUGGCCGACAUUUUCGUCAGUGGGGAGACCUCAAAUACCACUGUAUUUCAAUUCAUUCAGAGGAGAAAAACUAUCAGUGUGAGUACUGUGGAAAAGACUUUGCUCGCAAGUACUCACUCAUAGUUCAUCGUCGCAUCCAUACUGGGGAGAAGAACUAUAAAUGCGAAUUUUGUGGCAAGAGCUUCCGUGCCUCAUCCUAUCUCCAGAACCACCGUAGGAUACACACAGGUGAAAAACCUCACCCGUGUGAAGUGUGUGGAAAACCUUUCCGUGUCCGCUCCGACAUGAAGCGCCAUCUCAACACGCACAACCGUGAUAGGCACCGUGGAAGUAAUGGCAGUUCUGUUACCACAUCAUCUGGUAGUGGUAGUGAUAUCCAUCACAACAUGCUUCAUGGGCAACCAAAAUUGGAAGAGCAUGACCCAGAAUUGGAUCCUGAUCACCUGGAUGCUCCUGGCAGCCUUCCUCCCAACCACACGAUUUCUGUGGAACACCAAAACAUCUCUGAUCUCAACCCUGUCACAGAAAUCACCAUUCAGCAAGAAGGUGCGGGACCAGAGAGUAUCUUACCAGAUGAAAGUCUGGGAGAUCCAGGAGUUGACCAGCAACCAAUCAACCUCAAUAUUGCAGUGCCAGCUGUGGCAACAAGACAGUCCCAUACACAUCACCAGUUGUCAGCAGCUGCACAGGCAGUGUCUGAAGAAGUACUGCAUUAUACACGGGACCCAUUAGAAAGUGUGCGAGAUGGAAGUAGUACUCUUUAUGUGUGGCCAAUCUAUAUGACAUAGCUUGUGUGUUUUUGCUGAACACCAGUGGUUGUGUUAAAAAUGAGGUUUACUUUUAUUUGCAUAAUUGUUACAAAGUAUCACCUAAGUACAGUCUCUAAUCCCAACAAUUUGGUGCCAAUCGUUUGGGACAGACUGAUUCAGAUAGCUCUCUCUUUUCAGGGGGAAGGGAGAGAUAGGAUUAUCUGAGGCAAUAAUUAAUAUGUAUAUAAUACCCCUUAGUUCCAUCUUAUUUCUACUGUUCAGCGCUUUACCAGUCUUUAACAUAAACUAUCAAUCCUAUGCUGUGAAGCUAUUUCAUUCUUUCCUCCAAAUGGCUCUUACUUUUUUAUACUCUGAAAUGCAGUCUUCCUUUAUUACGGGGAGAUAUGUAAAAUUCAAUAUUGUUCAGUUUUAGUUUAAUACUCAGUUGUAUUGUAAUGAAAUUUUGUAUGAUGAAUAUUUGAAAGUAUGUCAAUUGACAAUGAACAUAUCUGAUUAAUUCAUUUACAGAUUCAUGACAUAUUUGUAAUUUAUCAUAUUAUAUUUUAUGCGGACUACACAUCCAUCUUCUUUAUUAAGUCACAGAGUGUGUUUGGCAGUUAAAUUCAAUACAUGUACUAUAAUUAAGGCGGAAUGUACAUAAUAUUUUUUACUUUAUAGAAACCAUUUUAUCGCAUCACACGUGUUAAAAUUACUGAAGUACAAUUACCAAAAGGGAUGAUGAACUGGAUUUGCUGAAGCUAAGAACUGUUCAGUUCAUACCAUAGUAUGUAUCUUGUCUGCUUGCAGAUAAUGCAAAUUGUGAUGUAUUAAAUUUGUUCUUUGUAUAUUUGAGACUGAUAUUGAUAGUUCCCAUUGUUUAAUGACAAUGAUUAUUGAGUGCUGUAUGCCUAUUUUUAUUAUUGCAACAGUACAGUUAAGAAUGUUUGCAAUAAUUAAGUUUUAGAGACAUUACUAUUUUUUUCUCUUUCUCCAAUGAAUGGCCUUAUCAUAUUUUAUAUUCUCAGAUAAAAGUUAAGUGUAACAAGUUUUGUAGUUAUCAAGACAAGUCAUUUGUUGAAGUCACUGGACUGAACUUUACAGGAUAAUUCAUAUGUAUCUGUUAUUAAAGCAAGAAUAGAUAUGACUGAAAAAUUAGAACCAACACUGUUUUUCAUAGAGCAAUGCCAUCAUCUCUUAACUAACUGUUUGAAGAGAGGGUUGUGCAAACAUGUGAUAACUCAUACAUUGUUAGGAAGACUGAAAUUUAGUACAUUGUCAAAGGGAACUUUUGAGUUGCACAAAUGAAAUGUCCGGUCUAUGUUAACUAGUGAAAUCUUUUUGAGAAGACAAAUGAUAUUACCAUCUUUUCAUCAAAGUUUCUGUUAUUGAGCUUUGUUAAAAUAUGGGUAAGACAAGAAUGAGAACUCAUAAGAAGGGGGCCAAAAUAUAUAAAAAUGUUAAAAAAUACUGUAAUUAGAUUUUUGGAGCACACAGUGAUUGGUUUCUGCCUGUCUUUGUGCAUCUUGAAUUGCAGGUGUCAUUCUUAUCUGACCUAUUUGUUAAGAUUGUUGUGUUUUCAGUAUGUUAUUCCAUGCUUUUAGUUGUGCUGUAAUUUCAUUCCGAGUUCAGAAUUUGCCCAUGUCACAUGUGAUAUCAAGUAAUAUGUUUUGUUGAUGAAUGCAGUUGCAAUUAGCUUGGAUAGCACAAUCAUUAAAAUGACUAUCCAUGAGCUGGAUGACUGGUGUUUGAUUCUUGGAAAGGGCAGGGUGUUUGCCCUUUGCUACAACGUCCAGACAAGCUGUGGGGUCCAUCCAGUUUCUUUCCAGUGAUUACUGGGAGCUGUUUACCCCGAAGGCAAAAAACAGUUGGCACAUAAAGCAGACAUUGACCUUUGUCUAGUUCUAAGGGUAACAAUUCUUGGAACUUCGUGACAUGGUGCAUAAGGGACAGCUUUAACUCCCCAAACAUUCUGACAUUUAUUUUGGUCCACAUUAAACUGUUCUGACACUAUGUAAGAUUUGAGGCUUCUGACACUAGUUCUGACACUAAUUUGGCAGACACUUAUUUGAGCCUAAGGUGAUUAAGUGUGGAUGUUUCCACAGAAUCAUUACAUACUACAGUUUGGUCUGUGAUUUCAUGUGUAAUAACACAUAUCAGCUCUGAUACCAUCAAUGUUUGUAUCACUGGCAGUACUAUCCAAACUAUUGUAACCCCUGGGAUCAGAACAGUUUUCUCCCUAAACACUGCUCACAGUUAUAAAUGUAUUGAAGCACUGGAAACUUGCUUAGCUACAAGAUUCUUAAUUAUACAACAUUGUUCAGGUACACAUUUGCCUCCUGUAUUGUUGCCUUGAAUAACAGUAAGAGCUACUGAAUGUUAACCUUUAAGAGCCUAACGACACCGUAUGGAGACCUUUUAAAGUGUAGCCGAGUGGCUGUGUGACACCAUAUGGGUACACGCAGUCCACGCAUGUGCACAGUGUUUUAAAAUCUAAUUUUAAGACAGAAAUUCUUGUUCUACUUACAUUAUUUUUCGGCACCCGCUUUAU